AUGACAGAAAAGUUAGAAAAGCUCACAAAAGUAUACACCGUUAGUGCUGUAGACAUAUCAUUGGAUCCUAAAACAUAUGGUCAAAAACUACGAGAGGAAUACUUACCUGAAGAUCCCAAUAAAACAGGUGGUAUACCAAACCAACUCAAAUUAGGUGUAGGCUCUCGAGCCAUGCUACGACGGAACAUCAAUGUUAACCAUGGGCUGGUUAACGGUGCUAUGGGUGUUAUCCAACGUAUAGAUUGGCCAGCACUACGCAGAGAGCAGUUGGAGCCGGGAGAACUGCCACAAGCAGUAUUUGUGGAGUUCGAUGACCCAAAUAUAACAGGGAACCGACCUGGUAUUGGAGUCCGGAUAGAGCCUUGUGCUACAGAAUUUGAUACUUCACGUGGUAAAGACAAGAUCGAGCGACGAAUGCUACCCUUAAUUUUAUGCUGGGCAGUGACGGUGCGUAAAUUACAGGGCACAACUUUAGACCAAGCAGUUGUAGAUUUAAGUAGAAACUUAUUUGCAAAAGGUCAAGCUUACGUUGCUUUGAGCAGAGUGAAGACUCUCUCCGGACUUGCUAUUAGUUCUCUUGACCCUAACAAAUUGCUUAAUCAACCACAUGACACAAACUCAUUCAAGGAAUUAAUCCGGUUACGUAAUCUUAACUAA